AUGGACGCCCAGAGUGUUGCGAACGUGCUCUAUGCGAUCGCAAAGGCGUCGGCAGACAGCACGCACACAGAAGCUCUGUUGCGCUUGCUGCCUGGCUUGGCAACCAGGAUCCCUUUUGUGACAUCACGCAUGAAGGCCCAAGAGGUUGCCAACGCGAUUUGGGCGGUAGCAAAGCUUGCCAUCAACGGCUCUGAGUCAGAAGUACUGUUGGGCUUGCUGCCAGCAUUGGCAGGCACCAUCCCAGAGGUGAUUUCAGAGAUGAAUGCACAAGCGGUUGCGAAUGUGAUUUGGGCCACUGGACAGCUUUCAGGUGAUGAAUCACGCAUGGUGGAUGAGUUGCAUGCCAUGCUUCCCAGCUUGGUUGCUCGAGCGGAGGUGUUGUUGCCUGCUGCAACACCGCAAGAGAUUGCAAACACUUGCUGGGGCCUGGCCCUGAGCCAUUACCAUGACGCGGGCUACCUUCAAGCCGUGAUCCAACGGGUUGCAGAAGAAGCUGGCCAGUGGAAGCCAAGAGGUGCUGAGAUGGACUUGCCGUCGCUGCUUUGCGCCCUUGCCAGGCUUGAGGCCAGUCAGCAUGAGGAUUUGCUGGGCGUUGUCGCCCAGAAGCUCUCACCCAUGCUUGCCGCCAUGAACAGUUGGGGUCUUUGUGCCCUGGCCUGGUCAUACCAAGAGCUGGACCUGAAUGAUGACCAUCUCGCCUUUCGCCAGACACUAGACGAGGAAUUAUCUCGGCGCGGCCUGUCCGAGCGGGAUGUGGACAGCAGCCGUUUGGGGCCUGAGAGAUGGCGCCGGGAUGGUAGGUAG